CGCAUCUUCCAAAUCUUUAUAAAAAACACUCCCAAAUUCAUUCUAUCAUUUCUUUAACCACGAUCCCCCGUUUAUCUCUCUAAAUCUAUCAUGGGUUCCCAAUCCAAUGGGUCGUCGGCGAAGCCAUUAAAGUUCUUGAUCUAUGGCAAAACCGGUUGGAUCGGAGGUCUCUUGGGGAAGCUCUGUCAGUCUCAAGGUAUCGAUUAUUCCUAUGGUUCCGGCCGUCUCGAGUCACGCGACACCCUGAUCGCCGAUGUCAACACCGUCAAUCCGACACAUGUCUUCAACGCUGCCGGCGUCACCGGAAGACCCAAUGUUGACUGGUGCGAAUCGCACAAGGUGGAGACUAUCCGUGCUAAUGUCGUCGGAACCCUAACACUUGCUGACGUAUGCCGUGAAAAAGGGUUGAUUUUGAUCAACUAUGCGACUGGUUGUAUAUUUGAGUAUGAUUCAAAGCAUCCUCUGGGGUCUGGUAUCGGGUUUAAGGAAGAGGAUAGUGCGAAUUUCGUUGGAUCCUUUUACUCCAAGACCAAAGCUAUGGUGGAGGAAUUGCUCAAGAACUACGAAAAUGUAUGCACAUUGCGUGUUAGAAUGCCGAUUACUUCCGAUUUAACCAAUCCACGAAACUUCAUCACAAAAAUCACUCGUUAUGAAAAAGUGGUAGAUAUUCCAAACUCCAUGACUGUUCUUGAUGAGCUUCUUCCAAUCUCCAUAGAAAUGGCAAAGAGGAACCUCACUGGGAUCUACAACUUCACAAACCCUGGUUGCAUUAGCCAUAACCAGAUCUUGGAGAUGUAUCGUGAUUACAUUGAUCCAAAGUUUACAUGGAAGAAUUUCAAUCUUGAGGAACAAGCUAAAGUGAUCAUUGCUCCAAGAAGCAACAAUGAGCUUGAUGCCACCAAGUUGAAGACCGAGUUUCCUGAGCUUUUGUCAAUUAAAGAUUCACUUAUAAAGUAUGUGUUUGAGCCAAAUCGUAAGACCCCUGUGAAAGCUUGAUAGUUGCUUGAGGUUUGAUGACUUUUUGCUUUGCCUAUCAUUCAUAAUUAUUGUUUUAUGAUGAGUUUAGUUUCUUUGAUGUCCUUUAUGACGCAAUAUGGUGAUAUUUUCUGUACUUGUUGUGUUGUAUUAUUUGGAUUGAUUCGAUUAAGAAUAAAUUGUGGUACUAUUCGAGCUCCA